UCACACCAGUCACGCAGUAGAAUCAGGAAAACGUGCCUUCAGUCGCGCUAGCGCUCAUCAUUUACUGCUCGAACGCCACCGGAGAAUCCAACCACCUGCGGCUGGCAACACAUUCGCUCUCUUCCUCCGCGACAACACACACGCACACCAUCCGAACUACCGACACACACCGAGCUUGACUUUUAGAAGAUGGCCGCCUACAAGCUGGUGCUUAUCCGCCACGGCGAGAGCGAGUGGAACCAGGAAAACCGCUUCUGCGGAUGGUUCGACGCGGACCUGAGCGACACGGGCGUCAAGGAGGCGAGGCGGGGUGGCAAGGCCCUGAAAGAUGCGGGGUAUGAGUUUGAUGUGUGCUUCACGUCGGUGCUGAAGAGGGCCAUCCGUACCCUGUGGCUGGUCCUGGAUGAGUCGGACCAGAUGUGGGUCCCCGUGCACCGCACCUGGAGACUCAACGAGAGGCACUAUGGUGGCCUGACGGGGCUAAACAAGGCGGAGACCGCAGCCAAGCACGGAGAUGAGCAGGUGAAGAUCUGGAGGCGAUCCUACGACACCCCCCCUCCCCCCAUGGACGAGGCACACGACUACUACACAGCCAUCAGCAAGGACCGUCGCUAUGGUGACCUGUCAGCUGACCAGCUGCCGGCAUGUGAGAGCCUUAAGGACACCAUUGCUCGGGCCCUACCCUUCUGGGACGACGAAGUUGCGCCGCAGAUCAAGCAGGGCAAGAGAGUCCUCAUCGCAGCCCACGGAAACAGCCUGCGCGGUAUCGUCAAGCACCUCGAAGGCAUGUCCGAGGAGGCCAUUAUGGAGUUGAACCUGCCCACCGGUAUCCCCAUCCUGUACGAGCUGGAUAAGAACCUGAAGCCCGUGAAGCCCAUGCAGUUCCUUGGGGACGAGGAGACCGUACGCAAAGCCAUGGAGGCUGUGGCAGCACAGGGCAAGGCCAAGAAGUAGACACCUGGGACCUGUCUGUCUCCUCUGAACGUGUGAGUGUGAGUGUGUGUGUGUGUGACUGCGUGAGUGUGUGUGUGUGUGUGUGUGUGUGUCAGAGAGACUGUGAGGAAGCCAUGAAGACCAUUGCAGCACAGGGCAAAGUCAAGAUGUAAGACGACCAACAGCACUGAGUGUGUGUGUGUGUGUGUGUGUGGGGAGGGUGAACAAGACCAAGAUGUGGACGAUGUUUCACCUUUGACCUCUGGCACUGGAGAGGACACCAGCCCCUGGCCAUCAACAACACCGUGGGUGUGUGUGUGCGAACCAUGUGUGAGACAGCAAGAGAGAGUGUGUGUGUGUGUGUUGGGGAGUGGGGGGCUGGCCUAGGGAGGGAAAGUGCAUGGUAACAUGAUGGUGACGUAACUGAGUUUUACUUCUAAUUAAUAUUUAUUGACCAACUGUGUUUAUGUAGAGAGGGACCAUAACCACAUGCAUACACACACACUCAGGUGCACACGAACACACACACACACACACACACACACACACACACACACACACACACACACACACUAGUCAUUCCUCUUGAUGGACAUGGCCAUCAACCAUCAAGUUUAUGUUAAACUGCCUACACAAACACAAGUGUAUCAUUCCUGUCUAUGUGUGUGUAUUUGGGCCAACAGUAAUGUGUAAUUCGUCUGUUGUGGGAAGAUUGUGAAAAUCAAUAAUAAAUGUUUAUGGCCCGCUUAUGGGCUCAUCCCCUGA